CCUGAAGCAAACAGAGUUACAUACUGUGUCAUCAUUUCCCACGUCAGUUGCUAUUAAUUUAGACAGACAGAUAUCUGUUAUCAAAAUGUCUGAAGAUUGUGCUGCUGCCGGAGAUGAGGUUUCAGAGACUCCCGUAGUGAGUGUCGCUGUCAAACCUCAGUAUUAUGUUACUGAAUCUGGAUUACCUGUUGGCCCAAAGCCGGAUGUUGAUUAUCCAUUGACAGUUCUUUACUGUGGAAACUGUGGACUACCAACAGAGUAUUGUGAAUUUUAUGCAGAACAUGAGAAGUGCAAGGCAUGGUUCGAGAAAAACUUGCCAUCAGAGUUUGCCAAGCAGGCAAGAAUAGGAGAUGGAAAGAAUGAAGGAGAAGAAUCAAAAGAGACUGAGGAUGACAAGAAGAGACAAAAACGGGGUGGCAAGGGUUUGUCUAAACCCAAGAAAAAAGAGGGUGGACCCAAGAAAAUCAGCUUGAGUGUUGCUCCCCGUGGCAGGAAAAGGCUGACAUGUGUUGUUGGACUGAAGUCAUAUGACAUCGAUUUGAAAACAGCAGCUAAGUUUUUCGGUACCAAAUUUGCGUGCGGUGCCUCGGUAACGGGGGACGACGAAAUUGUCAUUCAAGGCGAUGUCAAAGAUGAUCUGUUUGAUCUUCUUCCAGAGAAGUGGCCUCAGAUAGAUGAAGACUCAAUUGAUGAUCUUGGGGAGGUGAAACGUUAAAUGUUCUAAAGCAAUCCAUACUUUUUGUGAAUCAUUGGGGAAUACAAUAGUCGGUACGGCUACUUUGUACUUCCUAAGAAAA